UCAUCAUCAUCAUCAUCCCUCUCAGGAGACGAUGAUCCGCGGCUCAAGCACACCUGCUUUUAACUUAUCGGCUCAGGCAUAGUGUCAAUUUUAUCGGCUUUCCGCCAGCCUUCGCUGUAAUAUUCAAACAGAGCUGCCUCGGAAGCAGCUCUGCCUCUUUAGCGGUUGAUCCUCAUCUUUAUUCCUCUUUUUUUGUUUUCCUCCCUGUUCUCGGUCAGGGCUCCCGGGGAUGGAAGCGCGCGCUGGUCGCCUCUUUAUGGACUCGCUGUUUACGGUUAUUAUCUCUCGCUGUGUCACUCAGAGGUGCUGACUGGAAAAACAUGCCUUUAAAAUGGAAAAGCGGUUCGCCUGUCAGCUGGAAAUUUCCCGUACCCGUCCUUAAAACGUCCAGGUCCUCCCCACUUUCGCCAGCAUACAUCCACCAGCACUCGUUUGUGGUGUGGACCACCCACUCUCUGCUUGCUGCAUCUCCAACCUAUCACCUGACAGGAUCACUGGUGGAGGAUGAUGAUGCUCAGAUGAUGAAGGUGUCCCUGGGAUGCAGUGAAAUGGGGCUCUCUUCCCACUUGCAGGCCUCAAAAACAGGAAAUACACGCUUCUUUACUAGCAACACACACAGUUCUGUUGUUUUACAGGGUUUUGACCAGUUGAGGAUAGAAGGCCUGCUGUGUGAUGUCACGUUGGUGGCAGGAGAUGGGGAUGAAGCGUUUCCUGUUCACCGAGCCAUGAUGGCCUCCUCUAGUGACUACUUUAAAGCCAUGUUUACAGGUGGAAUGAAAGAGCAGGAUUUAAUGUGUAUAAAGCUACAUGGUGUGAAUCGAAUAGGGCUAAAGAAGAUUAUAGACUUCAUUUACACCGCCAAACUCUCUCUAAACAUGGAAAACCUACAGGACACCCUAGAGGCUGCUAGCUUUCUCCAGAUUCUGCCUGUCCUUGACUUCUGCAAAGUCUUUCUCAUUUCUGGGGUGUCAUUGGAUAACUGUGUGGAGGUGGGCCGUAUCGCCAACACCUAUAACCUCACUGAGGUUGACAAAUACGUCAACAACUUCAUCCUCAAGAAUUUUCCCUCACUACUGGGCACCGGCGAGUUUGUCAAACUUCCAUUUGAACGUCUAGCAUUUGUGCUCUCCUCUAACAGUCUAAAACACUGCAGUGAGCUUGACCUGUUUAAAGCCGCUUGCCGCUGGUUACGUUACGAAGAUGGCCGGAUGGAAUACGCCGCCAAGCUAAUGCGCAAUAUCCGAUUUCCACUCAUGAGUCCAACAGAACUCAUAAACCAUGUACAGACUGUCGACUUCAUGCGUACAGACAAUACCUGUGUUAAUCUUUUAUUAGAAGCCAGCAACUACCAGAUGAUGCCAUACAUGCAGCCAGUGAUGCAAUCAGAACGAACUGCUAUCCGUUCGGACAACACUCAUUUAAUAACGCUAGGGGGAGUGCUGCGGCAACAGCUAGUUGUAAGUAAAGAAUUGCGACUUUUUGACGAAAAAGCGCACGAAUGGAAGGCUUUGGCACCAAUGGACGCACCACGCUACCAGCACGGGAUUGCGGUGAUUGGGAACUUUUUGUAUGUGGUUGGUGGACAGAGUAACUAUGACACUAAAGGUAAAACAGCUGUGGAUACUGUGUUCCGAUAUGACCCAAGGUAUAACAAGUGGAUUCAGGUGGCAUGUUUGAAUGAGAAGAGAACCUUCUUUCAUCUAAGUGCACUCAAAGGACAUCUGUAUGCCGUGGGAGGAAGAAAUGCUGCAGGAGAGCUGGCAACUGUGGAAUGUUAUAACCCCAGGACGAAUGAAUGGACUUACGUGGCCAAAAUGAAUGAGCCCCAUUACGGACACGCAGGCACAGUUUAUGGAGGAUUCAUGUACAUUUCAGGUGGAAUAACCCAUGACACCUUCCAGAAAGAGCUCAUGUGUUUCGACCCAGAUGCAGACAAGUGGACUCAGAAGGCUCCCAUGACGACAGUCCGUGGUUUGCACUGCAUGUGCACUGUCGGUGACCGCCUCUACGUCAUCGGCGGAAACCACUUCCGGGGCACCAGUGACUACGACGACGUGCUGAGUUGUGAGUACUACAGCCCCGCCCUCGACCUGUGGACACCAAUAGCAGCCAUGCUGCGAGGGCAGAGUGAUGUGGGCGUGGCUGUAUUUGAGAAUAAGAUAUAUGUUGUGGGCGGCUACUCGUGGAACAACCGCUGCAUGGUAGAGAUCGUACAGAAGUACGACCCAGAGAAGGACGAAUGGCAUAAAGUUUUCGACCUGCCGGAAUCCCUCGGUGGUAUUAGGGCCUGCACGCUGACCGUGUUUCCCCCCGAGGACCUCUCGCUUACUGGCUCACCGAAUCGAGAGUCUCCCCUCUCUGCUCCUUGAGAAUGGAUGGAGGGAGGGUAAGAGAGACAGAGGAAUAAAGGGAUAGAACGCUUCAUGGACAGAUGGAUGGAUUGAAAAUAAAACAGCUCCAUCCCUGUGCAGACAUGCACCCCAGUCUCUCUUGUUCUCUCUCUCUUACUCUCUCUCUAUCUGUAUCUCUCUCUGUCCCCACAGGAAAAAGACAAUGUUAGCAGUCCCCACUGAAAUACGUUUCAAUCUGUCUGUGGUAAAAACCCCUCUCCCUUCCCUUAAAUAAUUCCACUUCUCUUCCUCAUCCCUCUUUUCCCAUCCUCCAGUCAAUCCAUCCUUCUUUCCUUCAUCCCCUUUUCUUAUUUGUUUUGUGAUGAGAAAGAAAAAUGGAAAUACUCCCAGGGUUGUGCGUAAUUAGAUGUCAACUUUGCAUUUGGGGGUUUGUGGCAGGAAUAACACUGACUUGAAAAACAAAAAACUUUGCAAUUCAACUUUUCUACCUGAGUUUCUGAGUUUUGCUAUGAAGAUGUUUCCUUGAUGCCCCCUAUUCUGAGGUCGCCUACCCCCACAUGGUUCUCUCUGUCCCUCUCACUAUCUCUCCAUUUUGCCUUCUCUUUUUCCCUGUUUUUGUUCACACUCACCCUUUUUCCUCCUGCUCAAUUUUGUACCCUCCUUCUCUCCCUCUCAGGGGGUUAGUUGACCUUUAACCACAGGAUGAGGACACAGUUUUAAACUCAGGGGUUGGCCUACCCCCAUCCCACCCUAUCUAACUGAUAUUUCAUUUCACUACUCCUGCUGUUGUUAUGAACCAUUAACAGAAUUGUGUUUUCUAAAUUUAAUA